UUGCCGGUCGGUGGGGAAAAAAUGGUCACCAGAGCCGCCGCCGCAGCGAAGGAAUUCACCGCAGCAGAGCUGAAGAAUACCAAACCGAAGGCCGAGGCUUUGGAAUCGGACGACGAAAGCGAUGAGGAUUACGUUCCAAAUGGUGGCCCAUCGCAGUGGGGUAAGGGCCGGGGAAAGGGGAAAGGCAAGACCAACGGCGGAACCGCGAAAAGGCAGAAGUCGGUAAAGCCAGCACCGGCCGCAACCACUGCCGAUCCGGAAUCCGUACCGGCUCCUUCUUCUUCUUCUUCUGCUUCCCAUGCCGACGAUCCAGAUGUUAUAAUUUUGGACGGCGACGACGAUUCGAACCCGACAACGGCGCGCCAUCGUCUGAUGCUCAAACGGCUUGGUCGCCGGAUGCCGAAUUCCAUUGCGCGGCCAUUCACGGACGCUACACCGCCUGCGCGCGUUAAAGCAACAGAAUGCGUCGAGAUUCUGGAGCAUACGGCGCGGAAGGUGGAAGCCAUCGUCCAUCUCAACGCCAGCCUUUUGAAAAUUGCCCGACCGACAUUUGUUGGAAAAUUCUUCCUCGUACCAGUUCGCAGUGUGUGGCCGGAAAUCGUCAAAGUGGUGGCCUUUCCCGACGCUAACUCAGCCCUGGCCACUGUUCAAAGCUUCGGUUACCUACAGGAGGGGCGGACAGUGUACGAGUUAGAAGUGAAGGUCGACGGAGCGGGAAUUGAACUUUCGGUCAACGGGCAGCUUAUUGAAGAAUAUCUUCCAAAAUCCUCCGAAAAUCGCGCACCACAGCUGAAGCUUGAACUGACGAUCGAACAAGCCGAUGCGAUUUUCCGGUUGUGGAAGGACUAUUAUUCAUACGAUCGCAACCGUUUUCAGAUCACUGAAUGCGAUAACAAAACCGUCUGGAUUUGCCAACCGCCGGACGAUACGCAGGUGAAAAGCCUGUUGGAUACCGUUCGCGGGCUCCUGGAAGAUUCGAAGUUUCGCCACCCGAAGAAUUCCACGGGUUUGUCGGCAUUGAAAAAGAUGCUGGCCGAACAUACGGAUCUCCUUCGACACCUUCGUGACUUUAUCCGAAUUCCCGCUAUCCGUUGUCUCGAAAGUACGACAAAUUCUGACAACACACUCAGCGACACCUUUUACGCGGCCUUCCAAGAGCACUUCAGCAUUUACAACGUUCCUAGCGACGGCCACUGCUUUUUCCAUGCAGUGUCCAUGGCGGUCUUUCUGGACGGUAGAUUCCAUCUGCAUUUACGCCUGGCGGCAAUUGAUAUUCUGGCUUCGCGCUAUCACGACUUCCUGCCACACUUGCAGUCCCAAGUGCCAGAAAACCAUCUCGGUCUGCUUGAAGUCGUCUAUCAGACUGCUGUGACUGCCCCGACUGUGGGUUUGGAAUCUUACGGAGGCGGUAUCCAUCUGAUGGCCCUGGCGACAGCCCUACACCGUCCCAUCUGUUCCUACCAAGGAUUCUUUGAUCACAAUCAGCCGGAAAAUUGGAAAGAUUUGUCCAGCGAUGAGGUUGCUGCCUUAAUCGCCCGUGAAAAGAGGCUGGGUAAGAAGCAUUUCCUGUAUCACCCCCUCCACACACCAGCUAGUGCAACGUAUCCUCCGACGCGCGUGCUCUACACCAAUCUGCACUACAUGGCAUGUGUGCCCAAACAGGAGAAGUAUUCCCUGUUCUACCUGCCGAGUACCAGCAUUCCCGCGCCGCCUCUCGGACAGACGAAGCGCCCUGCCGCAGCGGGGGCCAGCGGACCACACCCACCACCUCUCAAGAGACGUGUUGCUACCACUACUACCACUACUACUACAACUACUCGUACACAAACCCACAUCAAUCAUGCUCAGUUUAAGCCUGUACCAGCCAAACGAGCCCCGAAUCGAUCUUCGCCUGAUAAACGAGUGGGAAAAUUCCAAUAUGCAUCUGCGACCCAUAGCAGUAAAGCCACGAUCAUCAUCAACAUCAUCUCGACGAAGAACAACAGCAACCGCUCAUCCGUUUCAGAAAAUCAGCAGCAGCAGCAGCAGCAGCAGCAGCACUAA